AGCGUCAUUUUGAGAGCAAACACAAGGAUUACAUCGGGAAACCUUUAGCAUUGUUUGAGAGAAAACGUGAUGAACUUAAAAAACACAUGACGAAGGCGCCCUCACAUUUUUUUGCGACGGGGGAAAAUGCGAAGGCUACAGAGGCAUCAUACAGGGUAUCCCUUCUCAUCGCAAAAACAGGGAAACCUCAUUCGAUAGGUGAGAGUUUAGUCAAACCAGCUGCCAAGGUUAUGGCUAAUGUAUUGUUUGGGGAGAAAGCAAGCGACGAAAUUAACAGGGUCCCCCUCUCCAAUGAUACUGUCCAGCGGCGAAUAACAGCCAUGGCCGAAAAUGUGAAAGAUCAGCUGAUCACACGCUUAUGCCAAAGCCAGUUUUUCACACUGCAACUGGAUGAGUCAACUGAUAUCGUGAAUGAGGCAAAUCUGCUGUGUUUUGUAAGGUACAUUUAUGAUGGCGGUGUGCAGGAUGAAUUUCUGUUUUGUCGUUCCCUGCCGACCAACACCACAGGGGAAGCCAUUUUUGACUCAGUCAACGAUUUCAUCCUGCAGAAUAAUAUCGACUGGACACGAUGUGUUGGUAUUUGCACAGAUGGUGCAACUGCAAUGACUGGGAAACACAAGGGACUGGCAGCGCGCGAACGCGCAGUUGCACCUUGCGCCACAGCAACACACUGUUGCAUUCACAGAGAACAGCUGGCUGUGAAAAAAAUGCCACCAUGCCUCAAAUCAGUACUGGACGAGUCUGUGAAAAUUGUUAAUACAAUAAAAACCAAAGCACUGAACACACGUCUUUUUAAAGCUCUGUGUGAUGAAAUGGGAAGUGAACACACAAAACUGCUUUUCCAUACUGAAGUUCGCUGGCUGUCGCGUGGGAAAGUUCUCACCCGUCUAUUUGAACUGCGCCAUGAGGUGAUG